GUCCCCUUCGGGGUGACAUACGAAAAAAUUGGAACGAUACAGAGAAGAUUAGCAUGGCCCCUGCACAAGGAUGACACGCUUUCCCGGAGUGGUAGACCUACGGGUCUCAAUAUUUAUUUUGCCCUUGCCUCCUUGAACUCGGAAACCAGCCGU